ACAGAAAGUGGGUGAAACCUCAAACGUUGGUCCUGACGCAGAGCGGAUCAAACGAGGACGUUUGUCAGAGAAUCAUGGCCACGAACGCAGCAACAAUAAUGCCCAAAGUGUCGGCUCUGGUUCUGUCGCUGUUCGUGGACCUCUGCCUGUUUUACGCGUCGGACCUCCCGCUGAUCCGCGGCGUCUUCGGGUUUUUUACGCGUCUCUGGUUCGUGGCUGCUCUUCGGUUCGUGGCUCCAACUGCUGUGACUCUGUUGAUUCUAGGGGACUUCAAACCGCGGCUCAUCCGUUUUACAGCCACUUACAGCCUGCUGCCCGCGGUGCUUGAGACCGGAACCCAGGUUCUGUUCCGUGAGGAGACGCCGUGUGUCCAGCGGACGGACCUGCGCUGCUGGAGCCUGUUCGCCGCCGCGUCUGCGGCCGCGGCGCUGUUCUGGGAGGUCAUCGUUCCGGACGCAGAGGAAUCAGACGGAGAGAAAAGGGAGAAGCAGAGGUCCAGGGUUCUGUUCAUGAGGGUUCUGCGUCUGUUCAGACCCGACUACCCCCUGCUGCUUGGGGGACUCGCGUUCCUCUCACUGGCUGUUCUCUUCGAGAUGUUCAUCCCGUUCUACACUGGCAGAGUCAUCGACAUCCUGGGUGGUCGCUUCCAGCAGAGUGACUUCCUCUCUGCUCUUGUCUUCAUGGGUCUGUUCUCACUGGGGAGCUCACUGAGUGCCGGCUGCAGAGGAGGCCUCUUCCUCUGUGGCAUCAGUUCCUUCACUUGUAGGAUGAAAUUCAAGCUGUUUGAAGUUUUGACCAGACAGGAAAUUAAAUUUUUUGAGACCACAAAAACAGGUGAGGUGACGUCCAGGUUGUCCAGAGACACCACUCUGAUGGGAAGAACCGUGUGUCUGAACGUCAACGUGCUGCUGAGGACGUUUGUCAAGACUGUGGGCAUGAUCUCCCUGAUGAUGAAUCUCUCCUGGAAGCUGACGUUUCUGGUCCUGAUGGAGACGCCCGUCACUGGCCUCCUCCAGAAUAUUUAUGACACACACCAUCAGAGGUUGACGCUAGCGAUGCAGGACUCACUGGCUUUAUCAAGUGAAGCAGCCAAUGAGGUUGUUUCUGGUAUUCGUGUCAUAAGGAGCUUUAAAACAGAAAAACACGAGGCCAAUCGUUAUGAUGAUCGCUUGACGGACACUCGUGCCCUUAAGACUCGCCGUGACGUGGUCGGAGCCUUUUAUUUACUCGCACGGAGGUUGACAGGACUGGGCAUGCAGGUCAUCAUGUUGUACUACGGCAGGCUCUUUAUUCAAAGUGGACAAAUGACCACUGGCAGCCUGGUUUCCUUCAUCAUUUACCAGUCAGACCUCGGAGACAACAUUCGGACUCUCACCUUCAUCUUUGGUGACAUGUUGAACUCAGUGGGAGCUGCAGGGAAAGUGUUUGAGUACCUGGACAGAAAACCUGCUGUCAGCACAGACGGAAAACUUAAACCUGAUCAGCUCAAAGGACGCGUCAGCUUCCAAAGCGUCAACUUUGCUUAUUCUGCAGCUCCUUCAAAUCAGAGCAAGACAGUGCUGCAGGACUUCUCUUUGGAGCUGAAGCCCGGUCAGAUGACGGCGCUGGUCGGUCCGUCUGGAGAAGGAAAAAGCACCUGUGUGAGUUUACUGCAGAGAUUCUAUGAACCUCAGGACGGAGAGAUUCUGUUGGACGACGAACCACUGAGGUCGUACGACCACCGCUUCCUCCACCAGAAGAUCGCAGUGGUGAGUCAGGACCCUGUCCUCUUCUCCGGCUCCGUCAGAGACAACAUCUCCUACGGGUUUCAUGGAUGUUCACUGGAUGAGAUCCAGGAGGCGGCGGGAAAAGCCAACGCCCAUGAAUUCAUCAUGAAGCUGCAGAACGGCUACGACACAGAGGUGGGAGAAGGAGGAGGACAGCUCUCCAAGAGCGAGAAGCAGCGAAUCGCCAUCGCUCGGGCGCUGGUCAGACGCCCUCAGGUUCUGGUUCUGGAUGAGAUCACCAGCUCUCUGGACGCCGACAGUGAGAACCAGGUGCAGCAGGCGCUGACCCGUUGUCCCGACCGGACCCUGCUGGUCAUCGCCCACAAGCUGAGGACCGUCGAGGCGGCCGAUCAGAUCGUGGUGAUGGGAGGAGGACGCGUGGAGGAGCGCGGGACCCACCAGCAGCUGAUGGAGAGGAAGGGCAGCUACUACCGGCUGAGGGAGCAGCUGUUCACCGAGAACGCAUAGUUUAACUAUGAACAUGUGGGAGGAGCCAGAGACGCAGACUGUAAAUACUGUACAUUUAUAUGUAUGUAGCAAAUGUUAAUAUAGAAGUAAGUGUUUGAGCAUUUUCUGUUUCACCUUCUCUCCUGUUUUUCAUACAAACUUUGUAAAGUAAUAAAACUAAUCAGUGUAAAGUUAUACUUUAAUGUCACUUUUAUCACUUUUAUGUCCUUGUACAUUAUUACAACUAAUAAAAGUUUAUCCAACUCA